AUGCCAACGCCGCGGCGGCCGCAGCGCAUGCUCGCCGCCGUCCUCCUCCUGUUGUGCUCGCUGGCGGCGCUCUCCGUCUCCGCGGAGGCCAAGGUGCACCACCACACGUGGGACAUCGCGUACCACUACAAGUCCCUCGACUGCGUCGAGAAGCUGGCGGUGACCAUCAACGGCGAGUCCCCGGGGCCAACCAUCCACGCCACGCAGGGCGACACUAUCGUGGUCACCGUGCACAACAAGCUGGAGACCGAGAACACCGGCAUCCACUGGCACGGCAUCCGCCAGAUCGGCUCGCCGUGGGCCGACGGCACCGUGGGCGUCACGCAGUGCCCCAUCCUCCCCGGCGACACCUUCACCUACCGGUUCGUCGUCGACAGGCCGGGCACCUACUUCUACCACGCCCACUACGGGAUGCAGCGCGUGGCCGGGCUCGACGGCAUGCUCGUCGUGUCGGCGCCCGACGGCGUGGCGGAGCCGUUUACCUACGAUGAGGAGCGCACCAUCCUGCUCAUGGACUGGUGGCACAAGAGCGUGUACGAGCAGGCCGUCGGGCUCGCGUCCGACCCGCUCAAAUUCGUCGGCGAGCCACAGUCCCUGCUCAUCAACGGCCGUGGAGUGUUCGAGCCAUUCCACUGCUCGCGUGCUCCCAACGGCAGCAGCGACGCUGCCUGCAACGUCCCCCGCUCCGCAGGAUGCGCGCCGCCGCCGCUCUUCACGGCCGUGCCGGGGAAGACGUACCGCCUCCGCGUUGGCAGCCUGACGUCGCUGUCGGCGCUCAACUUCGCGAUCGAGGGCCACUCCAUGACGGUAGUGGAGGUCGACGGCCACUACGUGAGGCCCGUCGUCGUGGACAGCCUCUACAUCUACUCCGGCGAGUCCUACUCGGUCCUGGUCAAGGCCGACCAGAACCCGUCCCGGAACUACUGGGCCGCCUCCCACGUCGUGGCCCGGGAGCGCAACACGACGAGCGCCAUGGCCAUCCUCAGCUACGCCGGCAACGACCCGCGGGCGCCGCCGCCGACGCCGCGGCCGGAGGGACCCGCAUGGGACGACGUGACGGCCCGGGUGGAGCAGAGCAGGUCCCUCGCCGUCGCGCACCCGGACCACGUGCUGCCCGUGCCGCCGCGGCCCGACCGCGCGCUCCUCCUCCUCAACACGCAGAACCGGAUCGGCGGCCACACCAAGUGGGCCAUCAACGGCGUCUCCCUCGCGUUCCCGGCGACGCCGUACCUCGUGUCCAUGAAGCGCGGCCUGCAGGGCGCGUACGACGCGCGACCCCCGCCGGAGACGUACGACUUCAGGAGCUACGACAUCGAGCGGCCGCCGCCGGCGAACGGGACAGUGGCCAGCGCCGUGUACCGGCUGGCGCUAGGGUCCGUGGUGGACUUGGUGCUGCAGAACACGGUGGCGCUCAACAAGAAGAGCGAGACGCACCCGUGGCACCUCCACGGGCACGACUUCUGGGUGCUCGCCUACGGCGACGGCAAGUUCGACCCGGAGAGGGACACGGCCAGGUUCAACCUGAGGGACCCCGUCAUGAAGAACACGGUGGCGCUGCACCCCAAGGGGUGGACGGCGGUGAGGUUCGUGGCGGACAACCCCGGCGUGUGGCUGUUCCACUGCCACAUCGAGGCGCACGUACAUGUACAUGGGCAUGGCGGUGGUGUUCGAGGAGGGCGUGGACAAGGUCGGCCGCUUGCCCAAGUCUAUCAUGGGCUGUGGACGAUCCAGGACCCUGCCUUGACCUAG